CACUUCAAAUAAUAAAGAAACGGAAAAUCAUGAAUAUUUUGAUUAUGUACUAUUUAUAUUUCGGUAAAAGACGUAAAUUGCAUAAUGAAACAUUAUCAUUGUGAUUAAAAUCCUCUUAUCUUAUCACUCAUUCAAAAAUUGAGAUGUGCUGCAAUGUGAGUCGCCAAUACAGUUGCGUCGUUAUAGGAGUGCUGGCCCUUAUUGUAGCGUCCUUAGAUCUAGGAUACCGAACUCAUCUGCUAGCCACAUAUGGUUUGAAUCGUUGGAUACUGGCAUCUGUGAUUGCCUGGUUGCUCAUAAUCAUGGCCGCAGUUGUUCUGAUUGUAGGCGCAAUAAAGAAAAUAACUACUCUUCUGCUGAUUUGGAUAAUAAUCGUACUGAUUGUCGGAAUUGCUCAAAUUUUUAUAAAAAUUGUGUUAUUCACUCCAGCCAAAAACAUUCAUCCAAGUGACGCAUACUAUAUUCUUGCAGGCGGCUUUAUAAUACUUCUAAUACUGUUGGUAUUUUGUUCCGCAUACUACCCUUAUGCAUACAAACGUGAACUUGAAGAAGAGGAAUACGAAUAAAUUAAAUUUUCAAUAUCAACGUGUCUUUUAUGAAACCACAUUUGAAAUCUACGAUUUUCAUUUUAGCAAAACUCUUGAGCCACUUUUAAUUACUACCAUUUUCAUUUUUGUAAAAUUCUUAGUAACAAAUGACAUAAGUUUCUGAAUAUUUCAUAACUCUAUUUUUGGGUUAACUAACAUGUUAGUUGACUUGUAUAUCAAAACCUGUGUUAAAUAUCAAUGAAAACCAAAGUAAUUUGGACUUAAAUGUCAAAUAAUUCUGUAGAUAUUCUGUAUAAAUGCUUUUUACAUAAAAUUUAUAUUUCUCUUUCCCUUGCAAAAUUCAUAAUGGUGAAAAAUAAUAACAUUCCAUCGCAUCCUGU